CAAUGCUUCUAUCAUUCCAGUCGAAUCUGCUGGGUGGUAGCAACAAUGAUCGGAUUAAUGAUGAUAGGCGUCUCGGGAUCGGACUCGUCCGUCAAGGUCUCGAGCGGGAGAGCUAGGGUCACGGUAGUUGGAUCACGUACAAAUGGUGGAGCAUACAUUAUCGCCUUUGGCGACAACCAUGAGAUAGACAUACCCCAAGCGCUGAAAGAAAAGAAUGUUUUACCCAUUAAUUAA